AUGAGCGCUAGCUUCGAGGAGUUCCUGGACUCCUCGUUGAAGACCUUUCGCGACCAGCUGCUCCAGGCCCUCACGCCAACUCCUGCCCUGACUGCCAAGACGCCCAAGCCGUCGAGCCAGCUGCUGCUGCCGCUGCCACGACGAGAACCACACUGUCACAGGAGUCUUGACACUGAGAUGCUGCUGCCCAUCAGGCCCCGCAGCCCAGUGGAAGAGCCGCUGGUGGACCCCAUACCGGAGGCUGCAUGUGAGGCAGAGACUAAGAUGCAGCCGCCGGAGGAGGAUCUGAUGGUGGCACCCUUGGACUCAAGUGGAAGCAGCCGCGGCAGCCGGGGCAAGAGGCGCUCGCGCCGUCCAUCAGUCCAGGAUGAUGAGAAGGCAGCUUUUGCAGCCACCAAGGGCUCGCGGCGGCCCUCCAUUGCGGAGAGUGAUCUCGUAUUGUGCCUCCAGGAGGGUCUACAAGGCCUACAAGACUUACAGGGCUUGGAGCCAGACGUGACCCCUGAUGCGGACGACACCAUGACCCUCGAAGCGCAAGGCCGACUGCAGGUCCGCUUGGGUGCGCUGGAUACCCUGAAACUCAUCACUGGAGAAGAGCUCCACGACACCACUGUAGCGCUGGGUUUGACGUCCUACAGCAUCGAGGACAUGAAUCAGAUGCUGAACACUUUGGCUGACUAUAUCGACCUGAAGUUUGUCACGAUGGAGUCCCCCAAGGGCAAGCAUCGACUGGGUCGUGGCGCCAGCGGCCUCUUUAAGCACAGCACUCCUCCUGGACCUCCCAGUUGGGAAUGGCCAAGGCCACUUCCAACCAGGAGAAUUUCCACCAUUGGCCGAGGCAGCAUUCAGAUUUUGGAGCCCAACAGCCGCUGGAACGCCAUCCCGUUCCGGGCCUUGGUGGAAGCUUUUCAAAGGGAUGAGCAGGAGCUGAGUCGGAAGGUCUUUACGGCUCCAAGGAUGAUGGUUCAAUUUCAGGCGGUGAAGGAGAUCCUUUUGGCCGGGGACACCAACCGACUGGUGGCGGAGUUGACCUUUGUGCGCAUCAAUGACCUGGCCGCGCCACCAGAGAAGAUCGACGUCUUGGCCUACCUGGAACCGCUGGUCUUUCUAACCAUUCUUGGAAAUGGCAUUAUGAUUGGAGUUCAAAGUGACCCAGAAUAUUACGACUGGAAGGGCUGGUGGUGGAUGGAAUUGGUCUUUGCCCUCGUCCUCGUGGCGGAGUUCCUCCUCCGCUUGGCGGUGCAGGGCUGUUACACCCACUUCCGGGGGCCUGACAGGAUAUGGAAUUUAUUUGAUUUGCUGUUUAUCACCACAGCCAUCGUUGAUUUGGUGUUGGAGCUUGUGGCCCAAGAUUCGUCUGUGGCCAUCGCCACCCUGCUGCGCUUCGCGCGCAUGGCGCGGAUCACGCGGAUCAUGAAGGUCUUUCGAUUGCAUUGGAUGAAGGAGUUGCGAUUGAUGGUGAAAGGUCUCGUGGGCGGCUUUCGCACCUUGGUGACGGCCAUGAUUUUGUUGCUGGCCGUGCUUUACGUCAUCGCUGGUCUAGCUACGUACACCCUGGGCAGGGACCCACUGACCGAAGAACUGGGCUACCGGCCGCUCUUCUACAACUUGCCAAUAUCCAUGUUCACGGCCUUCCGCUGCCUCUCUGGGAGCUGCGAUGCAGAUGAUGGCGCUCCAAUGAAUUCGGUAUUGGCGCAAAACUUUGGCCUCUCCUUUGUGGUGCCCUAUGUGAUUAGCUACAUGUUGGUGACGAUGGGCAUCCUGGCACGAUGGUUUUGA